AUGGAAAAGGAAAAAAGAGAAUGCACAUUCAACGGGGAGCAGAGAGGAUCAUCCUCAGGGAUAGCAGGAAAAGAACGUGAGGGGGAGCCUCAUCCAGAAUUUAACUGGAAGUUGUAUGUAGACGGAGCAUCAGGCACUGAGGGCAGUGGUGCUGGAAUAAUGCUUAAGGGGCCAAAGGAUUUUAAGGUAUGUUACGCCUUACGUCUAGAGUUCAAAGCCUCGAAUAAUGUGGCAGAAUAUGAAGCCUUGAUAAAUGGGAUGUUGGUGGCGCUGGAAGUGAGAGUAACCGAUCUCGAGAUAAACAGCGACUCUCAGCUGGUGAUCAACCAAGUAACAGGGAUGUAUCAGGCUAGAGAUUCCAUUAUGCAGAAUUACAUGGCGAAACUAACCAUCAAUGUCCGUGAGUAA